AUGGCGCAGCCACGAUAUUAUUCAGAAGACGACGAAAUGGCUGAACGCCAACCGCUCGGUGUUUCCGCGCCAUCCCCCCCUCCCCAUCGACAGUUCAAGCAGCCGCCUCAACGAUCGUACCAGUCUCCGCGAGAUCCAUACGACGCCCCGUCGUCUCAAUUCCGGUCCGGAGCCCAUCCCGACUCCUCGUUUGAGAGACGCUCCCAAAGACGACGUAGCCAAGAGGCUGCCCACCGAUACGCCGCUUCCGGCACGGCGCCGAACGCUUACGGACAGCCAGAAGUAUCGCCAGUGUCCCCACUCCACUCAUCUCCGCAACGCUAUACGGACAGGAAUAUAUGGGGCCAGGGGACCUCGUAUCCACCACGCGCACAACAGCGGCCGUCUCCCCAGAGCACCGUCACUCCCGGCGCCGACAACUUCAGCAAUACCGCUGCGGGAGGCAUGGCCGGAAUCGCCUUGAGUAUCGCUGAGCAAAACGCCAGAGAGAGUGGUCUAAACGCGAUCCACAGCCAACACCCAGAUCACCCAUACCAGAAUCAGGGCCAGCAGGGACAAGCGUACCCGGAGAGGGGGAUGCUGACACCGCACGAGUACUAUUCAGGAGACAGAGCCUCACAUUCCAGCUUGCAAGGGCUGAACGCCGGUGCCGUGGGCGCUGGAUACGCCACGCCAGGGCAGAUAACGCCGUCGCGGACAGGGGACAUCUACACCGACGACCCGUACCAGAACCUCUCCAGCCACCAUCACAGGGACUCGACCCUCCUUAGCAUCGUCAAUCCCAACGACAUCAUAGACGACGACGACGACGGCCUGGUAUACGGACGGAGAGGGCCGAGGACGAGCAUGCUGAGCAUCGGGUCUAGUCACAAGAGCCGUGACGGGCGGAAUGGGAGCGGGGGUGUGACCAAUCAAUAUGCCCCCGUCAACCACGACACCAGCAGCGAUAGAGCUUCCGGGGGUUCAGGAGGGGGGAACAUAUACAGUGCCGGACCACCUAUGGGCGCGGACGGAGAGAAGGGCGCAUGGCAGGCGGGAGCGGUUCCGAAGGGCAGCGGCAGCGGCAAGAAGUGGAGGCUAGCAAUAAUCGUUGUCGUCAUACUCGCAAUCAUCGCCGGCAUCGUUUGCGGCGUGCUGUUUGGGGCGGUCUUGAAGGGCCACGACACCAGCGGCGGCAGCGGCGGCAGCUCAUCCGGCAGCACGUCGACAGGCGCUGGCGACACGCAAGCAAACGGAGACCUCAAUUCGGAUUCCUCUGAGAUUCAGGCGCUCAUGAACAACCCGGACCUCCGCAAGGUGUUCCCCGGCAUGGACUACACCCCGCUCAACACGCAGUUCCCGGACUGCCUCAAGAACCCACCGUCGCAGAACAACAUCACGCGCGACCUGGCCGUCCUCUCGCAGCUGACCAACGUGAUCCGGCUGUACGGCACUGACUGCAACCAGACCCAGAUGCUGAUCCACUCCAUCAACCAACUCAAGCUCCAAGACACGGUGAAGGUCUGGCUGGGCGUGUGGCAAGACGGCAACGCCACGACUAACGCUCGCCAGCUGAGCCAGAUGUGGGACAUCCUAGACGAGUACGGCGAGAGCUACUUCAAGGGCAUCAUCGUGGCCAACGAGAUUCUCUUCCGCCAGGAGAUGAACAUUGCCACCCUGGGAAGUCUCCUUCAAGAGGUCCGCGCCAACUUGACCGCCAAGGGCAUGAAGCUGCCCGUGGCGACUAGCGACCUCGGCGACAACUGGACGUCGAACCUUGCCGCGCAGAGCGACGCAAUCAUGGCCAACAUCCACCCCUUCUUUGCCGGCACCAAGGCGACCCAGGCCGCCGACUGGACCAUGUACUUCUGGGGCAACAAGACUCAGGACUUUCUCAAGAAAGACAAUGCCAUGAACAUCAUCGCCGAGACGGGCUGGCCGUCGCAGGGCGGCACGGCGUGCGGCAACGAGUGGGAGACCGACUGCCCGGACAAGGCGGUUGCGGGGAUCGACGAGCUGAAUACCUUCAUGGAGGAUUGGGUGUGCCGCUCGCUGGACGACGGCACCGAGUAUUUCUGGUUCGAGGCGUUCGACGAGCCGUGGAAGAUACGGUUCAACACCGCGGGGAAGGAGUGGGAGGACCACUGGGGGUUGUUGACGGUGGAUCGCAAGUUGAAGAAAGGGGUGAAGAUUCCGGACUGUGGCGGAAAGAGGGUUUCUUAG